AUCCUUUUUCUGUCAUAUCUGCCAUCUCUAUUCUUCAUUUUCUCUCCUCUAUUUUAUCUUAAAAACUAAACGAAAGAUUUCAUCACUCUCAUACACUAAUGGAAUGGAAGUAAUGGAUCUUCACAAUCAACUUCAUCUUCUUCAAUGUAACAAAAAUUAGAUUUUUUUUUCAUUUCUUCUCCUUUCUCAGAUCUUGAAAAAAUUUGAAAAUAUUUUGCUUAUAAAAUUACUAAACCCCAUUGAUUUUUACUCCCAUUACUAAACCCAGAAUUAGUGUUUGGAUUCCAGGUGGACCCUAAAGAGUAAAAAACAGAAACUGAGUCUGCUAGCUAUAUCUGGGCUAAUAGUACAUUUUUUCCCCUUAAUUUGUCUGUUAAGACACAAAUUUUCCAUUCAUGGAAGCAAAGGGUACAGUUGUUUGACUGAAGAAUAGAGCUAUUUCAAUGGAGUAUUGAGAGAUUGAAAACUUUCAUUGAAAAUGGAGUAUGAAAGGAUUGAAAGACCUCAGAAAAAUGGAGGGUUGUCACCUGCAAAGUUGAGGAGUAUGUUAAUGGGAGUGGAGAAGAAAAGGAGGGAGCUUCUUGGAAAAGAGGAUUCAUCUUGUUCUUUAAGAUCUCAACAUUCUGGUAUAGAUGAUCCAGGUUGCGAUUACUCCGAAAGCUGCAAAGAUGUGGAUGUCAUGCGUGAAUUUGUUGAAUGCUCAACUUCAACAACUGCAGAUUCAAACUUGAUAACAGAUCGCAAGUCAAAAGAUCAAACCCUAGUCAAGUUAAAUGAAGAAUUUGAGGAUGACUAUGAAAAUGGACAUGGCAAUGUGGGUUUAUCAUCAUCAUCAGCCUUUGAGUUCCAGAAGACCGAGUGUGGAUCAGCAAGGGUGCCAGCUGUACCGUUCUCCAAGCCAGCACCAUCAAAAUGGGAUGAUGCACAAAAGUGGAUAGCGAGCCCCACUUCAAACAGACCAAAGGCUGGACAGUCACAUGGUUCUCAUGGGGCAAGGAAAUCAAACAUUUUCGGCCAUGGAAGUAGGAAGCCUGCAACAAAAGUAGUUGUUGAAGUUCCAGAAGAAAAGGUAGUUGCAUUUGAAGAGCCUGAAAUGAAGAGGAUGGAUACUAGGCUUGCUAAGAAAGCAAAUGGCACACAGAAAAUGUUGAAUUGGGAGUCAGAUCCUUAUAAUCCACAUGGAAAAUCAGUGCAUACGACUGAAAAUUUUGUUGGUGAAUCUACAAUUCAUCUCAGUCAACACGAUUCAUCUAUAUCAGUCCAAACGUCGACAACUUUGAUUCCUCCUACAGUAUUUGCGAGGUCUGUAUCCAUGAGGGAUAUGGGAACGGAGAUGACUCCUAUAGCAAGCCAGGAACCCUCACGGACUGGGACUCCUGUCAAGGUGAAAUCACCAAUGCACAGUCCGAAUUCCUCAAGGUCAUCUACUCCUAAAAGAGCCCACCUAUCAGCAUCUCAGACAAACAUGAUCAGCGACAGCUUAAACCCGCAAAGGAAUCAUCUGUCCGAAAAGGAGAUGCAAAUGAAAACAAGAAAGGAAAUCGUGGAACUUGGGAUGCAGCUCGGCAAAGUGAACAUAGCUGCAUGGGCUAGUAAAGAUGAUGACGAGAGGGCAACCUCAUCUUCGGUGAACAACAUGGAUGGAGAGCGGGUGUCUAAGAGUGUUGUUGAGACACGAGCGGAAGCUUGGGAGGACGCUGAGAAAGCAAAGUAUAAGGCUAGGUUUGAGCGGGAAGAAAUGAAGAUUCAAGCAUGGGAAAAUCAUCAAAAAGCCCAAAGUGAGGCCGAGAUGAGAAAGAUUGAGGUUAAGGUGGAAAGAAUGAGGGCAAAAGCACAGGAUAAGUUCAUGAGCAAGUUAGCUGCUACGAAACACAAAGCCGAAGAGAAGCGCGCAGCAGCUGAAGUGAAGAUGAAUAAGCAAGCAGCAAAGACCGAGCAGCAGGCUGAGUACAUCCGAAAAACUGGCCAAAUACCGUCCAAGUUUUCGGGCCGGAGCUGCUGCUGCUAAUGCUAUGUGUUUCCCAUCAUUUCCUUUAUGAUUCCUUGUGAUUAUUUAUUUUGUAACUAGUAUAUCCUCAAUCCUUAUAGGGUUUUCUCCUUCUCUAGGAAUUUAUAAGUGUUGUAACCUUUCUUGGAAGUCAAAGGUUGUAAUCACUUUCCUCUGUUAUACAAGAACAUAGACGUAGUACAUUUCAAGAAAAUUAAGUCCUUUUUUAUUUUGACGUAAUGAUAAUUCGUAAAAGUGAGAAUUGAUCAUUUUGUAAGUGAUUAGUAUUAAACUUGAUCACAAGUUUAAAAGAAGAGUCUUAAACCGCUGAAUCAACUCAUAAUGACUUUAAUGAAGAGGUUUACAUGAAAAUGCUU